UGUCGUGUGUGAUGUAGUUGUGUGACGAUCGCGGGUACAUUUCUCUCCGCAAUCAUUUUGAAAAUGAUUAGUACCCCGAUGGUUCCAAAGUGAUUCAGUGCCGAAAUAUUUCAGUCCGUUUUCACGGCUGAGCCACAAUGAUUGAAUCAACCGGGAAUCUCGUCGAUCGUGAUCACCCGAGGUAUUAAGGCGGAACUCGAGGAAAUUGUAAAAUGGCUACAAAAACAGAAGACACAACGUCCAUCGAUAAUACUAAUGAUGGAGAAAGCAUGGACAGAGAGGUAUUAGCUAUCAGUGGAAGUGAUGAAACUGGUCAUCGUAUUCCACCUACGUAUUUGUACAAUUCAGGUUCUGAAUCAAAUGCAGGAAUAUCCAAUCAAGAGCAGGGCAAUAGAAGUCGCACUCAAGCUACAGAAGACCAGUUAGGACCUUUGCCUCCAAAUUGGGAAAAGGCAUAUACAGAUACAGGAGAAGUUUAUUUUAUAGACCAUAACACAGGUACCUCACACUGGUUGGAUCCACGUUUAUCCAAAUUCCAAAAGAGAUCUUUGGAAGAAUGUUUAGAUGAUGAACUACCAUAUGGUUGGGAGAAAAUAGAUGAUACUCUUUAUGGGACAUAUUUUAUUGAUCAUGUGAAUCGUAGAACUCAAUAUGAAAACCCAGUAUUGCAAGCUAAGAGGGCUCAGCAAAGUUUAGGAGAAAGAAAGAGCCCUAAUUUCACUAGAAAUCCUGAGAACCUAAAGGGUCAGAGGAUAAGGACCAUUUUAGUAAAAAGUUCAAGAGGACUAGGGUUCACUAUUGUCGGUGGGGAUGACUCUGUAGAAGAAUUUUUACAAAUAAAAAGUGUUGUACCAAAUGGACCAGCAUGGUUAGAUGGAAAAUUACAAACUGGAGAUGUCUUGGUAUAUGUUAAUGAUACAUGUGUUUUGGGUUUCACGCAUAAUGAAAUGGUGAAUGUGUUUAAGUCAAUUGUUAGUGGUGAAACUGUUACAUUAGAAGUAUGUCGAGGUUACUCAUUGCCGUUUGAUCCAAAUGACCCUAACACAGAAGUUGUUACUACUAUUGCUGUUAAUGCACCAGAUAUUUUGACAGAAGAUCCUAGGAUGUACAUGGACCUGGAUCCUGCUCUACAAAGCAACGGUCGUUUCAAUUUCCUAGACUCUACGUUUUUGCCGGUACAUAGUCUCCAAAAUGGUGAAAAUCUUGCCACUACAUCUGUAAACUCAAUGCCAGAUCUCUGUAUCUCUGAUAAGAUUAAUACUAUUAAAAGACCCAGUAGCACGGAUAUUCUUCUGUCGGAGAGCAGCGAUCUGAACGACUGUAAGGAUUCACCAGUGCCUUCCAAGCCUGAAUUUCUUAGUAUCGCUAUUGUAAAAGGAACCAUGGGAUUCGGAUUUACAAUAGCGGAUUCUGCUCAUGGUCAAAAAGUGAAGAAGAUCUUGGACCGUCAACGUUGUAAAAAUUUAAUGGAGGGUGACAUUUUAGUUAACAUAAAUGAUAUUAAUGUGCGAAACAUGUGUCACUCCGAGGUGGUACAAGUUCUGAAAGAUUGUCCCCGCAAUGAAGAAGCAUUGAUACACGUACAAAGAACGACAUCGAAGUCAAACGAAAAGAAAGAGAAGAACUCGCAAGAAUUUUUCCGGAGUAAAACGCCAACUGCUGAUAUCUACAGCACUCAGACGAAGACUGUUGUGCCGAGUCGACCGAAAACACCGCUCAUAGAUACCAGAAAUCGUCCAAAAUCUCCAACGAAUGCAAUUAGGUCCAAUUGGAAUGAGCAAAGUGAUAAUGAAUUAAAUCCGCUUGAUAACCGAUAUAAGUACUCCGAAUAUACUCAUGGCAUGUAUUACACUGAUCCGUAUAAGGCAAACAUUACGAACUUAUCCGAUAACUUCGCCGCAAUGACCAAUUUAGACGACGAUUCUGUACGGAAUACUGUGAAAAGGGACUGGGUUACAAACGAUAAAGUAAACAUAAACAACGAUGUGUAUUCUAUUGAUAUACCUCAUCAUGAUAAUAUGUUAAAACAAAACGGUUGUUUGCAUUCGGAUUACUAUAAAGAAUUAUACACGUCACAAUCUCAUUCCCAAUACAGUGAACAAGACUACAAUGUAUAUUCUAUUGGUCAAGAGCAAAAUGUUGAUACUGGUGAAAUAUGGGAUAAACGCAAAGAGACUACGAGUUUUGAACACGAACAACCACAUUCCAGUUCUAUACCGCGAUACCCUCAAUAUACUAAUGAACUAGUAUGUCCGAUCGUGCCUGACAUAGAAUGGAUAGAAACACUGGUCACAUUAAUUAGACAGGAUACAGGAUUCGGAUUUAGGAUAGUGGGUGGCACAGAGGAAGGAUCUCAACAGGUCUCGGUUGGACAUAUCGUACCUGGUGGUGCAGCUGAUUUGGAUAGUAGAUUAAAUACAGGGGACCUGAUUAUGUCUGUCGAUGGUGAAAGUGUAUUGAACUCGUCUCAUCAUCACGUUGUUCAGUUAAUGAUCGCUGCAGCUCAAAAUGGCAGAGUUACUUUGGGGAUACGUCGUAGAAUUAACACACAAGAACACUUGCCGGACAAUCUUCAGACUCCGUACAAUAGACAAAUGAAUCUUCAAUAUCCUUAUGAUGUGACAGUUACUAGAAUGGAGAAUGAAGGUUUCGGUUUUGUAAUAAUUUCCUCGGUUAACAAAGCUGGCUCGACAAUUGGUAGAAUAAUCGAAGGUUCGCCCGCGGAAAGGUGCGGACGAUUAAAUGUGGGAGAUCAUAUUCUUGCCGUUAAUCAUGUAGAUAUUACGAACGUUUGCCACAAAGAUAUUGUGAAUUUGAUUAAGGACUCCGGGUAUUCUGUUACUUUGACAAUCGGUUACCCUCUUGAUGAUUGUUGCAGUAAUACGUCUCUGUCUCAAAAGGAUGAACCGACGUGUGACGGAGAUGGAGGUCAGUACCACGCCGUUGAAUUAACGCGUGGAACUCGAGGAUUUGGUUUUAGUAUUCGUGGAGGACGUGAAUUUCAAAAUAUGCCCCUAUUUGUGUUACAAAUUGCUGAAAAUGGUCCCGCAUCUAUUGAUAAUCGAUUAAGGGUAGGCGAUCAGAUAAUCGAGAUAAAUGGAAUUAAUACGAAAAAUAUGACACACACAGAGGCGAUCGAAAUUAUACGAAACGGUGGACCAUCCGUUCGACUUUUGGUUCGACGUGGUUGUCAGAUGCCUUCAGUGCGAGAGUUAGAUUAAUACUGUUGCGCAGUGCUAAGAGAAUCAGUACAGAAGUGUCUGGUGCAA